AUGAUUUCACCUCCGGUGGCGCCUGCACGGUCGGGUAUAUUGAUUCUCACACUGCACGAGGGACGCAGCUUCAGCCUGCCCCCGGGCGCGGAAGCGGCCUUCACCCAGCGCCCGGGGCAUGGUAGCAGCAUUUCCCAGGGCAGCUUUGCCAGCAGCUACAUCGGCGGGAAUAGCGCUCGACCGGGUUCCAAUCAAACCGCAUACCGCCCAUCAUCAUCGGCGGCUCCAGGAGUGAAGGCCAUCAACAACGUGCCGUCCAGCCACGGUCGCUAUAACUCCAAGUAUCUCCCAUACGCCUUGGUGGACUUUGACAAGCAGCAGGUGUUUGUAAAUGCGGUGUCCGGCUCGCCCGAGAACCCCGUCUGGCCUGGGGAGAGCGUGCAGUACAAGUUUGACGUCAGCAGGAGCACGGAGCUCAACAUUUCGUUGUACAUUCGGAACCCAUCUGCUCCGCCCAGUGCCGCACGGCAGCAGGACAUCUUCAUUGGCUCGUGCCGGGUCACUCCGACAUUCCGAGAAGACGCACAAUCCGUUGCGGAACAGCAGAGUGCGGCAUCUGCGGGGGGUGUGAAGAAGGACAAGGCGAUGCCACCUCCAACCAGCAGCAAUGGAAGCAGCGCGACUGGGGUGACGUGGCAUGACGUUCAAUACGGGACGGGAGCUAUCCGACUUGGAGUGAAGUUUGUGGAGAAUCGGCAUCGAUCCCUCAAGAUUGAGGAUUUUGACCUGCUCAAGGUGGUAGGCAAGGGCAGUUUCGGCAAGGUGAUGCAAGUGAUGAAGAAGGACACGUCACGGAUCUACGCCCUCAAGACCAUCCGGAAGCAACACAUCAUCUCUCGGUCGGAAGUGGCGCACACCCUCGCGGAGAGGUCGGUGCUGGCGCAGAUCAACAACCCGUUUAUCGUGCCGUUGAAGUUUUCCUUUCAAUCGCCGGAGAAACUGUACCUGGUCCUCGCUUUUGUGAACGGUGGCGAGCUGUUCCACCACUUGCAGAAAGAACAGCGCUUCGACAUCAACCGAAGCCGAUUCUACGCCGCGGAGCUGCUUUGCGCACUGGAGUGCUUGCACGGCUUCGGAGUGAUUUACCGCGACUUGAAGCCGGAGAACAUCCUCGUCGACUACGUCGGCCACAUUGCCCUCUGCGACUUUGGCCUGUGCAAGCUCGACAUGAAGGACGAAGACAAGACCAAUACCUUUUGCGGCACGCCAGAGUACUUGGCGCCGGAGCUGCUGCACGGCCAGGGGUAUACCAAGGCGGUGGAUUGGUGGACUCUGGGUGUGCUCUUGUAUGAGAUGCUGACGGGCUUGCCGCCCUUUUACGACGAGAACACCAACGAGAUGUACCGCAAGAUUCUCGCCGAGCCGUUGCACUUUCCGGGUCCGGAGAUUGUGCCCCCCGCUGCGAGGGAUCUCCUGACGAAGCUGUUAGACCGAGAUGCCUCGAGGAGGUUGGGGACGAACGGAGCGAGUGAAAUCAAGGCACAUCCCUUCUUCCACCAGAUCGACUGGCGCAAACUGCUCGAUCGGAAGUACGAACCGACGUUCAAGCCCAGCGUGGUGGACGAGCGAGACACGGCGAAUUUUGACAAGGAGUUUACGUCGGAGGCGCCCACGGACAGCUAUGUGGAAGGACCGAUGUUGAGUCAGACGAUGCAGCAGCAGUUUGCUGGCUGGUCGUACAACCGUCCGGUUGAGGGACUUGGGGAUGCGGGCGGCAGUAUUGUGCAGGGCAACGCGUUUAACCAGCGAUGA